GACACCAAGGCUCUCACUGCUUUUCAGAACAUUUGAGGAAUCUGGGCUGCCUGCUUCUGCAUAUGUUAGCAGCCAUCACAACAUAUGCUCUGGCGGAUGGCAAUGAAGAACUGGAAGCCCACGUGUCUCUCCCACCCCCUGAGAUGAGAGAUGGUCUUUCUGACUUUGGAUUUGUCCUCUUUAAAUGGGUGAGAGAUUUUCAAUGUGUUUCGGAUAAAGUUCUGGGAAAUUGCUGUGCUGUGUUCUGCACUGGGCCAGUUGCAUCUAUUAUUGCUUGUCACUAUAACAACCUUUGGAAGUAAUGAUCUCAUUUUGCAGAUGACAAAAUAAAGAAGCUCAGAGAGGUCCAGAACUUUCCCAAGAUCACACAGCUAAUGAAUGGUGGAGUUGAGAUUCAUAUCCAGGUAUCCCCAUUCCAAAGUGUUCCUUUAUGAGACUUUAUCAACCACAACCCCUGCACACCAAGGAAUCUAGGAUGAGGUGAAUCUAGGAAGCUUCACUAUUUUUAUUGGUAUAUGGCAUGGACAUUGUUAUAGUUCCUCUCCUAAGACAGUUCCAAAGUGGAUGGGUACCAAGAAAUUCCAGAGAUUCUGAGCUCUGCUGGUGAGUACCUCUCCAAUUAUCCAAGGCAAGUGUUAAUUUUGGACUGACUUCUUACCAUCCAAAAUGUUUCUGGACUGUCUCUUCCCUAAGUGAGGACCACCAGCAUCAUUACCACAAGAUUCCAUACAACAUCGCUGAGAAAGUGUCCCCACUGCUCUUGCAUCCAUGAAAGCUUAAGUAUAUGAAACCCAGCAGGAAAUCCAAAGUAAAGUUCUUUUUGUGGACAACUUUCUCUUUGGAUUAUUCAUGAACCUCUUACUUUGCAGAAAGAUUUUUUUAAAAAACAAUUUUCCAAUGAAGGCCUACACGGAAGACCCAAUCUGAGCCCAUGAAGCAUCAUCUUUCCUUUUGGGAAAUGGCAGUGCUGGUGGUGAUGAGAUUGGGUAUGGGGCAAUGGCCCAGUGGGUAGAGGAAACCAAUGGGGAAGCUGGGGGCACCGUGGUGAGAGUAGGAAUAAGGGGCGCCUAUGGCCCUCUCCAUUCACUUUACCAGCUGAGGGUAAAAAUAGAUGUCUGGGUUUCACAGGAUCUGAGAAGGCAUGUCUAGGGCAACACUGAAUUACAUGGCUCGACAGAAAUUUGAUCCAAGCAUCAAACCCAGUGAAUGGGCAGAAGGGCAGAGAGAAGGCAGGUAGAAGCCAUAGGCCGGUGGCUGGAACCCAGGGCACAGCAGAAGGUUUAAUGCCUCAGUAGAGUCCUUGGGCCAUGAAACUUGCCCCAGCAGCUUUUCCAGGCUGCCUGCAGUAUAUCACCUCACAUACUCCUACCAAUCCCUGCAUGAUCAGUGCCAAUGUCUCACCAACAGAUUCAGACCUGGAUUGAAGUAUAAGAAACAGGAUGUUAAACUCAAUUCCCCAGGUGACCCUUGUUAACUUUUUCACCCUCAGAGAUAUUAAUAGUUCCUUUUUAUAUCCUAUAGCAAUUUGUGGGGUAGGUUUUUUGGUAGCUUAACAUUUUUUUUACUUCAGUUAGACAUGUAAUCUAUUUAAAAGUAAUAUGGGGAAAAGAAAAAUGAGCGUAGGAAUAACUUCCUGGCAGAAAUACUUUUACUAGUUUCUGGGUGUAAUAUCAGCCCAGCAAAAGUUAUCUGCAAAUACAGACGUUCCCAUGUACAUCAAAGACACUCAAGUUCUUUUUUUUCUUUUAACAAAUGAAUCAUUUUAUGCUACUGAAAUAACUCUGUGAUGUGCUAUUGGCAUUUCAGGAGCUAAAUAGACUCUUUGGGCCAGCCAACUUCUACUGCAAGCAUCAAACACGCACAGGCUUUAGUCUCAGGCAGACCCUAGGAGUUCUGGCUUUGCUACUUAUUAGCUGUGGUAACUUGGGCAAGUUACUUAAUCUCUCUAAGCCUUAGCUUCCUCAUCUGUGAAAUGGGAAUAAUAUCAGUCACAUGCCACGGAAAAAUCCAGGGAGGAGAAUGGCCAGUGGGCUAUGUCAAAGGCCAGACACAACUUCCACCCACCCCGGGUGAAUGCUGCAACCAAGACAGUGAGCAGGCAAACCUUGCCCUUGCCCUCCCUCCCUCCAAAAUCAAGAUCUUUUGUUGUUUGUUUUGAGACAGAGUCUCGCUCUGUCGCCCAGCCUGGAGUGCAAUGGCAGGAUCUUGGCUCACUGCAACCUCCACCUCCCAGGUUCAAGCUAUUCUCAUAUCUCAGCAUCCUGAGUAGGGAUUACAGGCACCCACCACCACGCCUGGCUAAUUAUUGUAUUUUUAGUAGAGAUGGGGUUUCACCAUGUUGGCCAGGCUGGUCUUGAACUCCUGACCUCAGGUGACCUGCCUGCCUCAGUCUCCCAAAGUGCUGGGAUUAGAGGUGUGAGCCACCGUACCCGGCAACUCCCUCCACAAUCUUAAAGCUCCUUGGACAACCCCCACUCCCACGACCUGAGAAUUUUUGUGCCCUCCUGCUGAAAGGGUUUGGCCUUUCAGUGUUCCCCUCCACCAUGAGCUGUUUCCAUGAAAAGGUCCCAAGGGUGACUUUCAGGCUAUGGUCACACCACCACAAGCCUUCUCCCAUCCCUGCCUCUACCUAUUUCCCUCUAAAUAAGGAGCCAGUGCUGCCAGGCCGAGAACUUCUGCCCAGUAUGGAUCCUGGGUGGCCUCUCACCUCUCUCUUUCCCCGGGCCCCUAGCCAGCUCCCCACUACCCUAGAGAUGAUCCCUGUUCACUUCAUUCCUCCCUCAUAGUUGGAAUGGCAUAUAGCUGCCAGAACCCCUGGGGAGUGUGGAAGCUGAUGGGGGUCUGGGGAGGCAGCCAGGCCCAAGAGAGGUUAAUGUUACAGCCCUGGAUAGGUGAGCUGGGUGGGUUGACGUCAGGGUGAUGAUGGGUGGAGGGGAGGGCCGGGCUGCUGAACCAACUAUAAAGAUAGGUCAAAUCAAAUAUCAUCAACACGGAGCGAGCGGGUGAGCUAGAGAGCGUCCCCGAGCCAUGGUCUCUACCGGCCGCGGCUCAGCCUGGGUCCCUCUGCUCUCAACCCGAGUGCCCGAUGCAGGCUUUGGUUUCAUGUCAGCAGCCUUCGUCUGCCUUCCAAAAAUAAGCCCCUGCCGCCAUGCGGGAGGGAGAAAAACAAGAAGGGCGGUAUUUUUAGGGCCAUUAAUUCUGACCACGUGCCUGAGAGGCAAGGUGGAUGGCCCUGGGACAGAGGCUGUUCAUCACUAUGUCCCAGGGAGCAGGACGUCUUCAGGGCACGCUGUGGGCUCUCAUCUUCCUAGGCAUCCUAGUGGGCAUGGUAGUAUCCUUGCCUGCAGGCUCCCGUGCCAACAACACGCAGCUGGACUCGAGAGGCUGGGGCACCCUGCUGUCCAGGUCUCACACGGGGCUAGCUGGAGAGAUCACCAGGGUAAAUUGGGAAAGUGGCUACCUGGUGGGGAUCAAGCGGCAGCGGAGGCUCUACUGCAACGUGGGCAUCGGCUUUCACCUCCAGGUGCCCCCCGACGGCCGGAUCAGCGGGACCCACAAGGAGACCCCCUACAGCUUGCUGGAAAUUUCCACUGUGGAGCGAGGCGUGGUGAGUCUCUUUGGAGUGAGAAGUGCCCUCUUCAUUGCCAUGAACAGUGAAGGAAGAUUGUAUGCAACGCCCAGCUUCCAAGAAGAAUGCAAGUUCAGAGAAACCCUCCUGCCCAACAAUUACAACGCCUACGAGUCAGACUUGUACCGAGGGACCUACAUCGCCCUGAGCAAAUACGGACGGGCAAAGCGGGGCAGCAAGGUGUCCCUGAUCAUGACUGUCACUCAUUUCCUUCCCAGGAUGUAAGGACCCACAAAAGAAGGCUCACAGAUCUAAAGCAGCAAGUGUCCUACUGGAAUUUUGCACAAGCAGAUAAUUCCCCUUGCCCUCCAUGGCUUCUGAGUCAGGCUUAUUUUGCACUUGGGGAGACCCCAGUUGUUGCCCUUGGCUGCUGGACCCCAUGGCAUGUAGCCCAUUCAAGUGAGGGUUGCAAUCAGCACCUUAGAAUGGCAAUGGAUCCCAUGCUCUGACCUCCCUGGAGGAGAGAAGUAUCGGUGACACUUGAGGAAUGUGACCAUGUGCAAAGGAAAAGGCCAGGGUAGGGGCUUGUGUGCAUUGUUGUAUAUCUAUACAGCGUUCUAUAUAUUCUCAGAGCAGAGGCAUUUCAAAGCAUCGAGUUUCUCUCUCCCAGCAUCAUCACUGCAGGAAUCUGCCUGUACAAAUGUCACUUGUCAAACCAGUAUGAUUGAUGUGCGCUCCCAUUCUGCCUUGUUCCAAUCAUCUUUCCUUUCAGAGGCUGCUGACCACGUGAGUUGCACAGGCCAGCAGGGAGCAGCCAUCCUCAAAGUGCAGAGACAGCAGGGUGAGAGGUGUAAGAUUGUAUUGCAAACCCGAAAGAAAGUGAUCAGGCACUUCAAGAUUCCUGCCAGUGAGGGCUCUGGGGAUACUGGGAUGAAUUGUCAGGGAAGCUGGGGGGAAGCUGUUUCCUUCUUGGAGGAAAGGGGUAGAGCAGCGUCCAGGGCAGCUGGGGAAGGCUUGUGGAGGCAGCAGAAGGCACUGGAUGUUCUAGGAGAGCCACUCUGCCUGGAGAACUCAGGCUGUAUGUGGCUCCAAGAACAAGCAGGGCCAGGCUGCCUGCCCAUAAUGUUUCCUCACUUUGAACUGGUCUUAUUUUAACCACAGAUGACAAGGAUCCUAAUAAUGGCAACCUCUUUGGCGAGGGAUGAGGACAAAAUAGGGCAUGAAGGAAGUAGAGAGGCUUUGGACUACAGAUGGUAAUUCCUCUCCAACUAUGUCCAGGAAAUGCACCCAAGUUCUUAUCUGAUACCCUCACUUCCUUCUUGCUCAUCGUCAUCUCACAUACACGCUGUGCCUGGAUGCAGCAAAAUGGGCACAGUGACCUCCAGGGUUUGUGCGCUCUUCCUCCCUGCAGUAGAAGAGGAGCGAUAAUCCCAUGAAGUCAAGAAGCCAAGCUGAAGCAGCUCCUUGCCGCACGAUGCCUUCUUGCCUUCUGUCCCUAAGAUGAUUUAAAGCAGAGGUUCCCCAGCUGACUAUAAAUGUUGUCUGCCUGGAGCCUUCAGAUUCCCAAACCAUUGGAAUGUUCCUAAAUCUGAAACCAGAGAGAGCCCUAUCAGAGUGCAAAUAUUUUUGGCAUAUAUGAACCAUCGAGUUACAAAAUGACCUGACACCCUCUGCGACUCCCGGGGGCCCCGGCCUGCAAGACAAUCCUCAUCUGUUGCGAAUACCUUCAUCUUCAACAUACCUUACUAUUUGCAGUUGCAUCCAUCUGUAGGUGGAUCCGGGCAGAGGAAUUCUGAGCUGAAGAUGGAGGUCGGUAAUCGAAGGGAGAGACACCUCACCGGCCACCUCCUCUGCCCUGCAGAUGUCAGAAACGACAUGUGCUGGGUGAGGAGGAAAAAGCCACACCAAGGUACGUGAAGAUGGAAGAGACAGUAGAAACCCUGAAGCACGUGUGUGUGUGGCCGAGCCUCGGAUGUGGUAGAAAAGGGAGAAAACUAGUCCAUCGUGACUCUUUGGAAUAUUGAAGUGCAGGUCUGCUUGGAGGCAGGGAUUAAGCUGACUGGUUUUUAGGGAGUCUUGUUCAGUGCAAUCAGUCUCUUGAACAGGGUCCAUCAGGAAUGCAGGCACCCCGAACCUGAGGUACGUAUCAGUUCCCAGUGGAGCUUGGAGUGUGGAAUGGCUGGAGGAUGGCGUGACUAUGAUCCAGAGAAAAAAGGAGUUUUAGGUCCCAUAACAUAGGUUCCCUUCUUCCAAGAUCUUUCAGCUCACAUGGCAUGAGAGGAGCCAUCUUCGAGAGAAUCCUCAAAGCCUUGGACUGCCAGCCCUUUCCUUCAUCUCUCUAGAGAAGCAUAACAUUGCUCAAAUCCUGGCAAGGUGUUUCCCCAAAUGUCCACUUUCAUUUUCAUGCCAGGAAUGAGAAGGAGAAGCUAAGAAAUGCCUACAAUCAAGCAGGCAUGCUAUUCAGCCACUGCAUAGCAGUUGCACCAGCACCGGUUAUGAGGGGCUGGGUGUCUGUCUAACUGGUACCAGGGCCCAUGCUAUAUCAGUUGCUAAAUAUUUGGAGGUUGGUUGUUUGUGACAGGGUCUUGCUCUGUCACCCAGGCUGGAGCACAGUGGUGUGAUCUCAGCUCACUGCAACCUCCACCUCCUGGGCUCAAGUGAUUUUCCUUCCUCAGCCUCCUGAGCAGUUGGCACUACAGGUGUGCACCACCAUGCCCAGCUAAUUUUCUUUUUCUUUUUUUUUUGGUAGAGACAGUGUUUUGCCAUGUUGGCCAGGCUGAUUUUGAACUGAGCUCAAGCUAUCUGCCCUCCUCAGACUCCCAAACUGUUGGGAUUACAGGCAUGAGCCACCAUGCCCAUCUGGUUGCUAAGUACUUUGAAUACCACCUUUAGAUGCAGGGAUGUGUGGGUGACUCCUUAAAAUCCUUCCCAUGCGAAGAAAUUCUCUCAAGGGCUUUCUGUUUUCCUAUAAGUGACUUUAGGCUUAAGAAAAGUCAAUCCUUGGCUGGGUGCGGUGGCUUACACCUGUAAUCCCAGCCUUUUGGAGGCCGAGGCGGGUAGAUUGCCUGAGCUCAGGAGUUUGAGACCAGCCUGGGCAACAUGGUGAAACCUCGUCUCUAUUCAAAAAAAAAAAAAAAAAAAGGAAGGAAAGAAGGAGGGAAGGAAGGAAGGAAGGAAGGAAGGAAGGAAGGAAGGAAGGAAGGAAGGAAGGAAGGAAGGAAGGAAGGAAAUGCCAAUCCCCAUCCACAGAAGUGGAUUAAGAGACAGGACCAGAGUAAGAUCAGCAGGAUGCAUUUCAGUCCCUUCUCUCUGGCUUCUGUAUCUGUGCCCUGGCAUGAAGAGUUGUUUCCUAUCUGGUCACAUGUCCACUGAGUGCUGAACUCGGUUGUCAGGCCCAUUGGAUCCCAAAGGCUGCAGAAGACAUUGCUAUAUGCAGGGCAACCAGAGAGCCCCACUUUCCCACUGAAGAUGACUAAGACUUGGCUCUUCCAUUCCCCGAGUGCUGAGCAAGGAGCCUGGUUUACAGAGCUUUGUAGCCAGUUCACCUCCCUUUCAUCCUGAACCUUCUUUGGCAGCCCCAUGCAAACUUGGAGUUCCGAGGGCAAAGAGGCUGUUUUAUUCUCUCUUCAAGAGAAAAUAAUAAAGAGGAGAGCAGCAUAUCUGCACACACUAUGAGAUGCACCUCUCAGCUGCAGCUGAAGAGGUUAGCUUAGAAGCCAUGGGGGAGCCCCAGGCUCCUUGUAAAAUGUCCACCCUUUUCAGGGCAGUAGAUGGACCUCAUAGGAAACCAGGAAACUCCAAAUGCCUUGUUCCAGCUGUUGAUUAUGUUUGCUUCAUCAGGCACUGCCUUCUAACACCCUUCCCUUCCCACUUCCCAUACAUGUUUGAACCUCUCUGAAAGCAGCAUGCAAUUUUGUAAUUAAUACCCUACCAUCAUCCUCCGCAGCCUUCCCCUCCGCGGCCACAUCCCACAGUGCCCUGACACCCGUGCCAAGCCCUUGGUCAGGGCCGGUCUAUGGCCUAACAAAGACAACAUUUUCUUCUGCCAUCUGACUCCGGGUACAAACCCCUCUCCUCUUUAGACAUAGAGGUAUCUCUCCUGCCCAGAAACCCAGGCCUGAAAUUCUCUCCUGACCCUCGUCCUGUCCUGCGCAGUUUACAGUUCUCCUUCGACGCUGGUUCUGGGCCACUUUCUUGUCCUGGACCUCAGACCCUUCAAGUUCUUGUUCUAUGCAGGUCCUGAGAGAAGAAAGAAACAAGAGAGUCCAUUCUCCUUCCUCCCCGUGUUGACGCCCGCAGCCUUUGCCCAUUGUGUGCCACAGUCACUGAUACAAACAUGUCUACCAAAUGCACAUCUACAAACAUCCUGCAGGAUUUCCUCUCUGCCCUCUAUCUCCUUCUGCCCACUUUCAAGGGGACACAAGCUAGAAAACUCCUUUGUCCUUCUAUCCCAAUGUUUUUCCUCAAAGACCCUGGGUCAGCUAUCACUUAGGAGGUAUUCUCUGCCACUUUCCACACCUGUGUCUGUAAAGUGGGUCUCUAAUACUUGCUCCUCCCCUGAAGGAAUCAGCCACUCAUUCUGCUACCUUCCAGAAAAAUACCAAGAGAGGAAUGUUUGGGACAAGGCCAGAAGAAUAGAGAGAGAUACUCCAGGCUCUGCUUACAUCUGACUGAUGCUUCCUCUUCCCACAACAGGAGGAGGAUGUCAUUAAGCCCCAAACGGGUCCUGAAUCUAGCCCAUCAUGCAGACAGCCAAAGCAGAACCACGUUCGUAUACCUCAUUGAACUGAAAUUUCAGCAUCAGGGAGACGUGUUCUGCAUGGUUUCCUCUUUCUAUAAUCACUAAGUACCUCAGGCUGGUCCCAGGGUAGAGCUGUCCUCCAGCUUAGGCACAGCAGAUAAUGCAACCCAGAUGCUGUGCAGUCAUGUGCUUGUCAAAUGUGAAACUUCUAUUUUUUUAAUAUGUAUGUGCCAUGCACAAACCAUAUCAUGUUCCAGCAAAAAGUAAAAGGUCUUUUUCUACAUUUCUCUAAACUCUUUGACUCCACUCCUCCUAUUAAAACUGACAACAAAUCUCCGGGUUGUGGUUGAUUUUCAUCUUGAUUCUGCCCCCCCCUUGCAGGAAGGCAGGCAAAAAGAAACGGAAAGCACAGAGUCGUGCUGCUGUCGCUUAUUAAGGUGGGAAGAAGUCCUGUGGCUCACUCAGUCCAGCUGCCCUUGCUGCCAAUGGGGAAAUUGGACCCAGAGGGUGAAGAAAGCAAUGGAAGACCAUAGGGAGGCAGCAUCCCUCUUCCUUUAGCCUCAGGGAAAACCAAAUAUACGCAUUUCUGUGACUAUGAAAUUCAUUCAUUCAUUUAUUCACCCAUCAAGAAAUUCUGGGUUCCUCAUUCCUGCUCUGCACUGGGCUGGGUUUUUGGGAUACACAUGUGAAUAAGACAGACGCAGUCCCCAUGCUCUCAUCAAUUUGCAUUACAAAAAAAAAAAAACACCCACGAGCUUGUUAAGAUGUAGAUCUCCAAGUCCCACUCCCAGAUAUUCUGACGAUGCCAGGUGGGGCCCAGGAGUCUACAUGCUUAAUACACACCCCAGGUGGGUCUCAUGUUGAAGCACCUAGCUAGUAGGAUGACUGGGGUGGCAGGACAUUUGGACUGAGGGAGACUAUCAAUUAAGCCAUCUUUUUAUAGGUUAAAUAAAAAGAAAGAAGACAACUCAAGAGUUUAAGUCAUGAGGAUCCCACAUCCUCCCGAGUUUCCUCCCUCCCUUCACACUGGCCUCUUCCUGAGCUUCUCGUCAUCAGCCCUGUCCUCUCCCUGCCAUGUUCCUCCCAUGGCCACCCCCACUCUCAUACCCAUCUCGGGCCACCUCUGGGGGUGACCCCAAUGUGCCUUCAGUCUAGCAAU